UACAUUGUCUUCAACAGUCGUCGUCUACCAAGUCUUCCAACGCUCGUCGCGCAUUACUACAAAGAAGAAGCAACCACCCACCCACCAUGUCCGCUCCCACCUACGACGCCGCGGCGCGCGUCGAGCGCGUUAGUGAGGAAUACGCCGCGAUGAAGGAGGCCGGGACGCUGCGCGCGGACCCAGAGGCGGAGCGGAGGGUGAAGGGGGCGGCGGAGAGCGCCAUCACGCACGGCGUCAAGGCACAGCAGACGCGGAACCCCAUCGCGCGCGUCGUGCACGGGCGCGCUGCGCGCAGGAGCGCGAAGCGGGCGGAGAGGGAGGUCGAUACCCUCAAGCACACCGACGACGGCGCCAAGGUCCGCACGGGCAUGCCCUCGGACACGCGUGAGCUCAAGAUGGCCAAGCGGCUCGAGGAGCAGGGAAGGCGGGCGGAGGCGGGGACGCGGGAUAAGCAGGACCCCGCGCUGAAGACUAUGAGCGCGGAUACCGAUGUCGGGAAGCGCGUUGGCGGGGUCGCGGAUGCGGAGGAGAUCGAGGUGUGAGCAUUGGCAUGCAGGCGAGCAGAGGCAGGUGAAGGAGUUGGGUAUAUGCGCCCGAGAUGUUUUGAAUCAAGGACGAAAUAGUGCACAU